AUGGGCAAAGGAACCGACAAACUCUACAUAACCCACUCUGAGUGGUCCUCCACCGACUCUUUCGCGCCCUCGCGAGGCGCAAACCCUAACGCCGCCUCCUCUUCCGGCCUCUCGUCGACCUUCCGCCGCCUUCCCUAUAAUUACUGCGCUGUCUCACUGCAGCCCUUUGCCGACCCCGUCUGCACGCCUUCCGGCAUCAUAUUCGACCUCACGCAUAUCCUCACCUGGCUCACGAAGCAUCCCGAUACCUCACCUACCGACGGCAGCCCGCUCAAGCGGUCCGACCUUGUGACCCUGCACUUUACGAAGAACGAGGAUAAUGAGUAUGUAGAUCCGGUCACGUACAAGGUGCUUACGGAUAACACGCACAUCGUCGCGUUACGGCAUGGGCAGGAGGCGAAUGUGUUCGCGUGGGAUACGGUGGAGAGGCUGAACAUCAAGGCGAAGAAUUGGAGAGAUUUAGUCAGUGAUGAGGAGUUCACGCGGAAAGACAUCAUCACACUGCAGGAUCCGCAGAAUAUUGAGAGUAGAGAUUUUGGAAAGUUCAAGAGCGUGAGGGAUGGGGAGACGGUUGUACCUGGUUCAGAAAGCAGCGUGAACACUGAGGCGUUGGGCAAUGCGGCGAAGAUACUGAAGGCGAAAGAAGCAGUCGCAAAAGCGCGGGCGGAGAGACAAGCGAAGGCACAAGGCAAGAUCACCUCCACCGGCGCGCUCAUCCCUGCUACAAAGAACGGCGCAGCACACUCCAUAGCAACACAGAAGAAACCCGCCUACAACGCCGCCGUCUACACCUCAGGCAAGGCCGCCGCCUCUUUCACAUCCACUGGUGUAACCCCGCACACCUCUGCCGAGCGCGCCCUCCUUUCCGAUGAAGACUACAUGCUGCGCCCGAAGCGUGUCAAACAAAAAGGCUAUGCGCGCCUCUCCACCAACCUUGGCGACCUUAACCUCGAGCUUCUCCCCGAAUUUGCACCGCGCGCAGUCUGGAACUUCGUCCAGCUGUCCAAGAAAGGGUACUACCGUAACACCGUCUUCCACCGCAACAUCAAGGGCUUCAUGAUUCAGGGAGGUGACCCGACCGGAACGGGGAGAGGAGGGCAGAGUGUCUGGGGCAAGCCGUUCGAGGACGAGUUUGAGGGACCAGAAAGGCAUAAUGUGAGGGGUGUGCUGAGUAUGGCGAAUAAGGGGAAGAACACCAAUACUUCGCAAUUCUUCAUCACCUACCGCGCAGUACCCCAUCUCGACCGUAAACAUACUGUUUUCGCGCGAGUGGUUGGAGGUUUGGAUACCACGCUCAAGGCAAUGGAACUCGCGCCCACAGGCGAGAAAGAUCGGCCGGAGGAAGAUAUCGAGAUCCUAGACAUUGUCGUCUUCGUCGACCCCUUCGAAGAAUGGGCGAAAGAACGUAAAGAAAAAGAACAAAAAGAAAUCGAUGACGAGGAAAUUCGGAAGCAGGGCGGUACAGCGGAUGAUAAGACGACAUGGACAGGGAAGCGGAUUCGUGCGGAUGGCAAGGUGGAUGAGGCGAGUGGGGAGGUGGGCGUCGGGAAGUACUUGAAGGCUGCGAGGCAGGAUGUGCCUGAAGAUGAUGAGAUUGUGGGGUUUGUGGAUGAGGAUGAACCGCCGCCGCCGAAGAAGAAAGCUAGGACAGGUGGGUUUGGAAACUUUGAUGCUUGGUGA